UUCAGACCCAGUCAGAGAGAGAGAGAGAGAGAGAGAAAGAAAGAAAGUAAGAAGACAUUAUCCAGCACUGAGAGACAUCGACUGAACAGACACUAAACAGACAGUAUAGGGUGUGUAAGUUUAUCGGUAUGAAGAUGCAAAGUUGUAGCUAUGUGUGUAAGAAGAAGUGAGAGUAAUGUGACGAGUGCCAGGAUGUUUUGACCUGAUUUCUUGUUGAGAGAUUGGGAGAUAUAGGGUGAGGGGUGGACGGUGGAUUUAGUGCAUUGCUGGGUCAAACAAACUACCCCCACCAUUGAAGGGGAAAGUAAGAAAAGGAAAAGUGCAGCGACUGGAAAGAAGAGGAAAAAACUGAUCAGACAAAGCGGAGAAGAAAUUAUGAACAGAGAAAAGGUCAUUCCCUUGUUCUCCAUAUAGCCGUGCAUACUGUGUAUUCCUGGUGUGGUCUGGACCUGAAGAAGAAGAAAAUCACAAUGUCACGUUCAGAUGAGGUCAACAAGAUGACAGAAAAUGUCUAUAAGGGCAUUUUGGACCAGUUUAACCCCAGUCUGAAGAACUUUGUCACAAUGGGAAAACACUAUGAGAAGGCUCUGACGGGAGUCACAGUAGCAGCUAAAGGUUACUUUGAUGCACUGGUCAAACUGGGAGAACUGGCCAGUGACAGCCAGGGCUCAAAAGAACUGGGUGACACGUUAUUUCAGAUGGCAGAGGUUCACAGACAGAUCCAGGUCCAGCUAGAAGAUGUGCUGAAACUGUUUCAUUCAGAGCUGCUGACUCAGCUGGAACAGAAACUGGAGUUGGACAUCAAAUAUCUCACUGCGACACUGAAGAAGUAUCAGAGUGAAAGGAAGUCAAAGGUGGAGUCUAUUGAGCGCUGCCAAUCACAGCUGAAGAAACUGCGGAGGAAGAGUCAAGCCAGCCGCCAUCCCAAUAAGUAUGGAGACAGAGAGAUGCAGUAUGUGGAGUUGAUGAGUCGUCGACAGGGGGAGUUGGACACUCUGGUUGCCGUUGGUUACCGCUCUGCUUUGACAGAAGAGAGACGACGUUACUGUUUUCUAGUGGACCGUCAGUGUUCUGUCACCAAACUUCUUAUGAACUACCACUGCAAGGUGAGAGAGCUUUUGUCUCAAAAGCUGUCGUCAUGGCAACAGUCAUGUUCCCAGCCAACCAAACUUCCAGAGCGAGCACUGAACCUGUUGCGGCACACUGCCCCCCAGAGCCCUGGAGGUGCUGGACUCGCUGAAGUCUUGAGAAAAGCUAAACUGGGAAUAUCUCAACCAGGAGAACAGAGACUGUCUGUACAGGAAGUCCCACCUUUAUUAAACGGUGACAGCAGCAGUCGGUCUCAGCAGCAGCGGUCUGCCCAGGCUGAAAACCUUUCCCAGUCUCUCCCAGGUCUUUCACCGCAGCCCACCAGUAAUGGCCACUCCCACUCCAGUGCUUCAGCAAGCCCCCAGCAAGCGAGCGUGACCGGAUUACACGCCUCCCCAUCGUCUAACAGUUCACUACAGGGUCUCACCCCACCCCUAACUGCCCCCCAUAGCCCCCCACUACCCCAUAGUGCACCUCUGUCCCGUGCCCUCACACCCCUCCAAGGUGUGUCGAAUUUACCCAGUACUCUUAACAUGCUGAAAGGAGCUGAGGUUUACUCCACCUCCACACUACCACUGCCCAGGAGACAGACCAGCGAGGCUCGAACGGGAUUCUUCGGCUCCACACUUCCUCGCGUGCUUCCUCUCUCUUCUCCGACUCGUGUGGAGGCUCUGUUCCCUCACUCUCCUGACUCCUCAGAGGUGGAGAAAGAAGGAGAAAGAGGAGGAGGUUCCUGUCUGCUCUCCUUCCUGCCGGGUGACACUCUUACCCUGCUGAUCAGUGAACCCAGAGAUGGCUGGCACUAUGGGCAGAACGAGCGAACUGGACGAAAAGGAUGGUUUCCCUUCUCCUACACACAGGCUUACCCAAACUCACCUGGACAACAAGAUAUCAGUCCUCCUCCCCUGUCCAAGAUGAACAGCACAAGCAUGGGGCAGUUGGACAGGUUGCCCCCUGGUGGUCACAUUCGACAGGCCAGUCCUGAUUCAGAAGAGGAGAGGAACAUCGUAUCUCAGCGGGUCAGCACCUUCAGGCCUCGUCCCUAUAGCAUGCUGAACCCCGAAACCACAAAGAUGAGUCCACGGCUUGCAGGACAACGCCUGAAGGAUAGGGUAUCCAUUGAUUUCAUGUGCCCUCCUCCAUCCCCAACCAGGAUCAAUCCAUUCGCCCAUAUUCGACUGAGAAAGACAGUGACCAACGAUCGCUCUGCCCCACUUAUAGAGUAAAACCUUUCAUUAUUAACAAGAGAGAUGCUGACUCUAACAGUGCCACUUAUGUUUUUAAUAUUAUGUUGAAAUUGAGUUUGAGAUGCCACUCAGUGUUUUUUAAUUAUAGACACAUUCUUAAUGGCAAAUCUAAUGUUUAUUUAUACAGGUACAUUAUUAGACACAGUAAUAUUUUAAGGCCAUUCUUUGGUUUUAAUGUAGGCCUAUGUAGUGUUAAGGGCAUAUGGAGGUGCAAUGUUAAAAUGACUUCAAUGUGACAUUGUUUCUGCAAUUUACAGUAGUUCCCAAUUGUGUAGAUGAUUUAUAUCACAGCAUGAUUUUCACAAUAAAGGUAGGAAUUAGGAAAGUAAGAAACAGAAAAAGCGACUUUUUUCAGUAUAGCGGGUCAAAGCUGGUCUUUGUGGAGAUGUCCAGUUUCAGCAGAUGUUUUAAUCAAGAUCUGUAAGAGCAAUGCUUUAUAUUUACAUUUUGUUUUCGUCAGAAGCAUUCCACUGUUCCUAUCAUUUUAAGCAGAGUUAAGGAGUUGUCCAUGCUUGGAAACACCUUGGCCAGAAUGCAUAUAAAAAUAUAUAUUCUCAUUAUCAAAGUCUUAAAAUGCUUUUUAGGACCAGUUUACCCAAACGCUGAUGUGAAAGUCAUUGUUUUCUAAUCAACAGUCUUAAAAAUAAAGGUGCUGAGAAAGGAUUCUUCAUGACGAAAUCAGGCUUGAUCUGUGACACAAAUCACUUACUGCCUCUUAUUACAAGAUACAUUACAAAAAUCCUAAGUUUGCUUUUUCCUGUGUAACUGAAUAAAGAGAAGGCAUUUAGAGCAUGCAAGGUUAACUGGCUGGUAGGCAAUUUGAAUGGAUAAAUGUAAAGGUGAAUUAUAACUAUAGAAAGCCUUUGGAAAGAAUUUUGGGGAAAAUUGUGUUGUGUUUAUGUAAGUCUGAAAGGCUUUCAGUUUUUGUCUCUUGUCCCUUAUCGUCUUAUGUCUUUGAUUUGUCACAUAUUUUGUUAAAUGUCUGAUUUUUAAAAGGGUGCAGUCAAACAUUUGAAUAGUAUUAAAGCAAGAGAUCUGAAUGCUGAGUAUGGAGUUGAAAGAGAAAGGUCUUGAAAGUGGAGACGUGAUGGAGGAAGUGAUGUGGAAAAGCACUGUAGCUAUAGGUUUAUAAAAUAGAUAAUAAAAAAAAACUCUCUCUUACACACCUUUUUAUUGCAUAAUUUUUGAGGAUGUUAUUCAAUUCCAGUUAUACAGCAAGUAGAAAUGUACAUAAAACUGAUUAUGUUUACGUUUGUGCGCUGUGUAAUUGUUCCUAAAUUGCAUUAGAUAUUGCAUUAAAACUACUGUAUUAAAAAUAUGAUAGUAAUCUUAAAAUAUACUUCAAAAUUGUAUGUUGUCAGCUUUGAUUUGAUACCUUUAAGUAUUAACAAUUAUUUUUUUGUUUUCUGUUAUACAAUGAUUAAAUUGAGAAAAGCAUAAAGUUAAUCUCAAACUUAUAUACAAGCCAUUAUAAAUAUACUGUAGAUAUAUAGCUAAAACGUUUUUUUUUUUCUUUUACAAAUUAUAUUAUUAUCAUAAUCAUUUGAAAACAGAAUUAAUAUUUGUUAUGCUCCCAUCUGGUUCAUUUGAUUAGUGAAUUAUAAUAGUGCAUAAUCUUUAAUAUAAAAAAUAUAUGCAACUUUUUCCACAUUUUAAUAAAAACAAGUUUUCAGUGUUAUUUGGUUGAAUUUUGUCAAUCUGACUUUAGGACUGUUUUUUAUAUUGUUCAUUCCCAAACCAAUGUGAUCCUGCAUUCGGUUCCUGUUUUCAUUGUGUUUAAAUAUUUUCCUUGAGACCCCUGCUAUGGAACGCUGGCUGAUCUCAUGUCUAACAUGCAUUGUAGUCUACAUUUAAAACAGAACUUUGCUGUAUAAUCUUGUCUAGGUUGUUUAUGUCUACUUUGCUUACUGUUUUUCCAAAUAAACACUUAAAUGAGGUAUGAAGUCACCUGCAGGGCUCUCAGGCACACUACUAUUUCUACAAGUUUUUUUUUACUUUCAUUUUAUUAUCAGUCACAUAUUUUGGACUCUUAAAUGUUCAUUUUGCUAACUGUAUCUCUGUGGAUUUUUCUUUUAAACUUCAAUAAAGUUAAUCUCUACAUCAUA